AUGGAAGCAUUCCUGUGGUGGCAAGGUAUUUUGCAAGUGGGUCGAUGUGAUCUCGGAGUACUGAUGUCCAAUAGCGAGGCCGCGGAUGGCGCCACCAAUGCCGAGCACUCGGCCAAAGCGCACAGCACCAGCAAUUGCACCGAACCCGGCUGCUCACACCUGCACGCCCGCAUCGGCAGCCUCGAGAAUGAGAUCCGCACCCUCCACCAAACGCUUCAGAGCUUUGUGAACAUCCUCCCACAGCUGUCGCACGCAGACCAGAGCGCUCCUCGGGAAGCUCAUCUGAGCCCGGUGAACCUCCAGAGUCGAUUUGAAUUAGAAGAGGGGCCGGAGGCGUUGGGUCGGGGGCAGGGGGUAGAUGCACGGCGGCAUGAUGGAACUGGUGUGUAUCAGGGCGGAGAGAGGCAAACUGAGGUUUUGGAGGAAGGGCGAGCUGAGAACGAGGUAGAGGCAGCAGAAAGGGACAGGCUUGAAGGCGACGAAGAUGAAGGGGGAGCUUCUGAGAGCGAGGGUGCAGCUGGCAGCGACCCGGCAGAUGAAUCGAGGGCAAGCUCGGGCAACAGCCUUGGUUCAGGGCCAGAGAAUGAAGAGCAGCGAGGGGAGAGGACAGGCAGAAGAGCACCUGGGGUCGAGCAGAGCAAUGCAGAUUCUGCAGCAAGUCGAUUGGAAGGGGAGGGGGAUGGUGCAGCAUUGAGUCAGGGGACUGGUACUAAGGUGAAAGGGAGAGAAACGGAACAAGGGGUUGAGGCAAGCAGCCUUGCCCUGGAAGGAGGGGAGAGGAGAAAAGAGGUUACUGGGGUUUCUGCAGCAAAUCCGGAAGCCGGGUUAAGUGGGGGGAACGAGAGUGGGGGUAAAAUUGGAGAGGAGCAAAGAGCGGGGGAUGAGAGUGAAACAGCCGAGUGGCAAGUAGAUGAGCUUGAGCAGGGCGUGUUGAGCAUUGAGUUGAGCGGGGGUGUCCCUGCAGCACGGGAACUGCUGAGUGAGGGGUUGGGAGCUGGUCAGGAGUACGGGCCUGGGAAUGCAAGAGAAACGGAGCAAGGGGAGGAGGGGGAGAGCAGCGUCGCCACGUUGGGGCGGGAGGGUGUGUCAGGAAUUGAUAUAGGCGGGCCAGGUGAUGCGGUGGCAAUCAACGGUCUCGCCGCUGAUGUCAUUGCUGCAGAUGAGGGGGUGGGGCCGAGUGCGCACACGUUUAUCCGGAAGGAGCUGAGCAUCACGGUGGACGAGGAGAACGGGACAGCGCCAAACGGUCGGGCGAGCCUGUCGUCUGGGGGCGACUCGUCGGGAUCGCAGAUCGAGGGGCAUGGCACGCAGGAUGGCGCGUCAAAUUCGACGUCCAAUUCCCCUCUGCUGACGAGCCCCGAUGCACGCUGGGGGGGGAUCCCCCGGAGCAACAGCAUCUCGAAUUUCCGGCCCCCUCGGGGGGGGUGGCGGAAACACCGCCGGCGGUCGUCGUCUUUUGGGGAAGGGGUGUUGGGAAGAUACCCCCAGGAGUCAGAUCCACGGGGCGUUGUGGGAUCCCCCGGGUCCUCCUUCGAGCUGCAACCCUCGUCCCGCGAGAACUCGUGGCCAGAAAUGGGCCCAGAGUUCUACCACUCCCCCCAGGGGGGGCCGCAGUUUGUGGACCCGUAUCAGACCUAUGGGAGCGCCCCGGAAGUCAUGUAUCUGCCGCACCAGGGGUUUCCGAUGCAGGGUUACCUGACCUCGCCUGGUUACGUAGCCUCACCCGGGUAUGGUAACUCCCCUGGUUAUGCAAACUCCCCGGGUCACUCCUGGUCCCCUGGCUUCGCAGGCUCCCCCGUCUUCCCCUCCUCACCCGCUUACCCCCCUUCCCCGGGGUGGGGAAUGGAGCUACCGCAGGUCGCAAACAGCGUCAUGGGGACCCCCGUGCCAGGCCCACCGCCCUUGGAUCGAACGAUCUCUGAAGGGGCUUUGCUUGCUGGAUCCGGGAAUGGGGGGCGAGGGCCGGCGCCGGAGGAGAAGAUCUCGCGCCGGGCGAGCUUUGGGGGCCGCAAUACGCCGACAAGAAGUCCAGGGAGGGGGGGCCGGGCCGGGAAAAAGAGCCCAGAGCACCAGAAGCGAGGUGCCGCAGUGGCUGCCAAUCCCACGCCUUCGGAGGCCAUUCCGCCACAUGCGCGGGGGCUUCUGGGCAGUUCUCCUCAGGGGGUUCCGGAUGGGCCGGGGUCGCGGCCCCCUUCAACGCUGAGCAGCGGUCGGAGCUCGGGUAGCCGUGGCUUGCAGUACAUGCACGCCUGUACAUCCCGUUCGAUGCAAGAUUUGGAGGCCGUGUGGAUCGAGAACCAGCAGGCAUAUCCAAGGUACCAGACUGGUACAAGUCCUGGGCGGCCUGACGAAAAUGGACCCGUCACAGGCAUUGUACAAGAGAAGCCUUUGCCGGAAAACGAAUCAAGCUUAGGAGGCACGGGGUAUUUUAUGCCGACCUAUCCGAAGCCACAGCGAAGCAGGGGCAAAAGCCCGGAGACACCUGACAAAUCCACUGGCGGCUAGGGAAGCGUCGGACAAUGGAUAGGUACAGGUAGCGGUUGGUGCAAGCUGGGCGAAGAGGCGUGGGUAGGCGAUUGCGGCGCAGUUUAGGAAUAAGCGAAUUGCAAAUCCAGCUUGCUCAAAGUUGUCCUGCCUCGAGAGAUGUUAGAAGUUAAACUUAUGCUUUUACCUGUAGAUGACUAUCGGCAAAACACCUUGCAAGGGGCGUAAAGAAGCAGAAAGAUAGUCAACUAACUUAACAUUUUUUCUUAGACACGGAUUGGUGGAUUGCAUCCAGUUUGCGAUCAAGCUGUCGGUGGACGCAAGAUAUGACCACGUGCGAUAUGAUCUUUGUUGACGACAUUGAUAACGCUGUCCGGGCACAC